AGUACAGUAUGUAUGUAUAUUGCAACAGUAUUGUAUAAUAUAAUCGAGAUCUAAUGUAAAUAUUGCGGCAAAAAAUUAAUAUAUAAUACAUUUCACGCAGAAAAAUACAUAGUAUUAUAUAAUUGAUUAAACCAAUCAAGUACUUUAUAUUUGAGUAAUUUUCCAUAUGUCUUUAUAUACCUAACAUUAAUUAUGAAUUAUUUUCGUCAUACAAAAAAUAUAUUUCUACUAAAUAUUUCUUGGAAACAAGAAACAACAAAUGCUGUUGCAUUAAAUGUGAAGAAAAAUUUAAACAAAUACGUCUGUAGAACAUUUUUUGCUUCAAAAUACUGUCGAAACCAAGAUCCUGUUCCUAAAGCUUUACGCAGUAUAAAGCCAAAGUCUCAAACAGAUACAGAGAGAAGUGUGCUCGAUAUAAAGCAUAUAAGGGCAAUCGGAGGAAAAGGUGGAGAUGGAAAUAUAUCAUUUCUACAAUUAUGGUCAAAUGAAUAUGCUGGACCUGAUGGUGGAGAUGGAGGACAUGGUGGUCAUGUAAUUCUUCAGGCAUCAAUAAAUCACAGAGAUUUUUCACACAUUUCUGCUGUACUCAAAGCUGAAGAUGGAGAGAACGGGCAAAAUAAAGACUGCUUUGGCAAAAAUGCCGAACACACUAUAGUAACUGUACCAGUAGGUACCAUAAUACGCAACCUAGAUGGAAAGAUAAUAGGCGAUUUAAAUCAAGAAGGAAUGAUGUUUAUUGCUGCAAGAGGUGGUGCUGGUGGUCACGGAAAUGCAUAUUUUAAAUCUGAUGUGCAGCAGUCACCGCGUAUAAGUGAAUAUGGUGCAGAAGGAGAAGAAAUGCAAUAUGUAUUGGAAAUAAGUAGCAUGGCACAUGUAGGAUUAAUUGGUUUACCAAAUGCAGGUAAAAGUACAUUAUUACGGGCUAUAUCUAGAGCUAGACCAAAAGUGGCAGCAUACCCAUUCACAACAUUGAGACCUCAUUUAGGAAUGGUGUUAUAUGAUGAUUAUGAACAAAUUGCAGUGGCUGAUUUGCCGGGACUUAUAUCUGACUCUCACAAGAAUAGAGGGCUUGGUAUACAGUUUCUUAAACACGUAGAACGUUGCAAAAUUCUAUUAUUCGUUUUGGAUGCUACUUCAGAUGAACCAUGGAAGGAUUUUGAAACACUAAAAUAUGAAAUAGAACAAUUUAAUGUAAAGUUAACUAAGAGAUCAAUGCUCAUUGCUGCAAAUAAAAUGGAUUUACCAGUUGCAACGGAAAAUUUAAAAUUACUCGAACAAAAGGUUGAUUUACCAAUUAUUCCAAUUUCUGCAAAAAUAGGUACAAAUAUAGCUAUGUUAUUAAAGGAAAUAAGAAUAUUAUAUGAUAAGGACAAUGACCAAAGUAAAAAGUCAGAUGCUUUGUAACAAAAAAAUGUUUUGAUUAAUGAUACAUAUUUGUAACAAUAAUAUAAUAAAAAUGUAUAA